GUGACGGCGAAGCGGCUAACACACUUUCUCUGGUAGUGUCGGGCUGAGCAGCAUGGUGCACUAGAGGCAAUUGUGCACUCGCUCAGUAGUGGGUUGCUUAUGUUCGUGGUGUGUGUGUGUGUGUGGUGCGUGUGUGCGCGCGUCUUUGCGCCUAAGAUACGUGUCUGAAACCAAGGCAUGCACACUGAAAUGCCACUCGCCGCCACCCUCAAGAAUCAGAUGCUGCGCUUGUUCCGCCGCAGCGGCAGUAAAAGAUCAUCGUCCUCACGCAACGCAGCACUUUCGACUACGGUAGUGAUAUCAAAUAACGCUGUUUCGGCUGUGGGAGGCAGCAGAGCGAGCAAAAGGCAGCGUAACAACAACCACCACCACCACAAUCAGCCAGAACAGCAACAGCAACACCAACAGCAGCAUCAUAGGAACCGCGCCAGCAGCAUGCGAGCAGAACAUCACCACCAUGCCGCACUGCAAGCUCGCAGCCGCCCGCGAUCUUCAUCUGCUCAUCAUCCACAUCAUCAGCAUCAGACGGGUGAGAGUGCGUCAUCAGCGAGUCGUGUAUCAUCGCGCAGCCGUACAGCCGAUGAGCCACAUAUUGGGAAGUACAAGUUGCUCAAGACCAUUGGAAAAGGAAAUUUUGCCAAGGUCAAAUUGGCCAAGCAUGUGCCCACUGGAAAAGAGGUAGCCAUAAAAAUAAUUGAUAAAACACAACUGAACCCUGGGAGCCUGCAAAAGUUAUUCAGAGAGGUUAGGAUAAUGAAAAUGCUAGACCAUCCAAACAUAGUAAAAUUGUUUCAAGUGAUUGAAACCGAAAAGACUCUGUACUUAGUGAUGGAAUAUGCAAGUGGAGGGGAAGUUUUUGACUAUUUGGUCCUGCAUGGUAGGAUGAAAGAAAAAGAAGCCAGAGCCAAAUUUAGACAGAUUGUUUCUGCUGUGCAGUAUUGUCAUCAGAAGAAAAUCAUCCACAGGGAUUUGAAGGCUGAGAAUUUGUUGCUGGAUAGCGAAAUGAACAUUAAAAUAGCUGAUUUUGGAUUCAGUAAUGAAUUCACACCUGGGAACAAAUUGGACACUUUCUGUGGCAGCCCACCAUAUGCUGCACCAGAACUUUUCCAGGGAAAGAAGUAUGAUGGACCAGAAGUUGAUGUGUGGUCUCUGGGUGUGAUAUUAUAUACGUUAGUGAGUGGAUCACUGCCAUUUGAUGGCUCUACGUUGAGGGAACUUAGGGAAAGGGUGCUGCGGGGAAAAUACAGGAUACCUUUCUACAUGUCAACAGACUGUGAAAAUUUACUCAAGAAAUUCCUGGUACUAAAUCCUGCUAAAAGGGCAUCGUUGGAAAAUAUAAUGAAAGACAAGUGGAUGAAUAUGGGUUAUGAAGACGAUGAGCUUAAGCCAUAUGUCGAACCAGAGCCAGACUUCAAGGAUCUGAAAAGGAUAGAAGCCUUAGUUAGCAUGGGAUACACCAGAACUGAAAUUGAAGAGAGUUUAGCAAAUGCAAAAUAUGAUGAUGUUUUUGCAACGUAUCUUCUCCUUGGAAGGAAGUCAUCAGAUCCUGAAAGUGAUGGUUCGAGAUCUGGAAGUUCUUUAUCACUUCGUAAUAUUCCACCAGCGGUGACCCAGGGUAAUGCACAGUCACCUUCUCAUGGGCACCGUGGUGUACAUCGAUCAAGUUCAGCAACGAAUGCCAAACCUAGCCGGAGAGCGUCCUCUGGUGGUGAAACUUUGCGUGAGUCACCAGCUACUGCUGCUGGGGGGGCUCCAACUGGCACACCUAAUGUGAGCAACCAUAAUCAUGCACCAACGAGUAAUUUCAAGCGUCAAAAUACUGUAGACUCUGCAACAAUAAAGGAGAAUACAGCGCGAAUAAAUUCAGCAAGUGCAGCAACGCGCCCAGCCCCUCCAAAAAAUACGGCGGCCAUUCCAGUAUUAGAUUCAAGUGCAACAAGUGGAGCAAGCCCAGGGAAACCUCGAAGUGUCACAAAAUCUAAUACUAUGUCUGGUAAUCGUGCGCUUACUCCUGGUGGUUCUGUGGGCCGGAGAACAACGUUAAGUUAUGAAGCAAAGGCUGCUUCCAAUGAAAAGACAAAUGCUACCAUUGAGAGUCCCAGCACGUUGGGGGCAGGAGACAGCUUGCCGGUAGCUGUUCGAUCGGCUAAGGGCCAUAUCAAGUCUGCGUCCAUCUCAACAUCUGGCAGGGCCGAACAUGCGACCUUAGAAACCCCUAUAGAUCCUCUCAGGCAAAGCACGGGAGUGAGCAGUGGAGCAGGCACGGGUGCUGGUGGAGGAGGAGUGACCAUGGUAACAACUGGUGGUGGUCGUGGACCACCAGUUUCUCCGGCUGUAAGCAACAGACAGCCGUUCCCUCGCAAUGUCCCAAGUCGCUCAACGUUCCACAGUGGACAGAAUCGUCGUAACCAUACGGCUGCUGCGUAUGGGCUGGCCACUCCUCUCCAAACGCAAGACACGUCUGCAAUUACCCAUUCGGGCAGGACAUCAUCAUUCUUUUCUAAAUUAUCCUCCAGAUUUUCUAAGCGACCCAUGGAUACGGUCCCUAAACAUGUAGUUAGCAGCACUGUCAAUGAUGAUCAGGUUAAACCUCGAUCAUUAAGAUUCACGUGGAGUAUGAAGACAACGUCAUCAAGGGACCCAAAUGAAAUAAUGGCAGAAAUACGAAAGGUAUUGGACGCUAACAACUGUGAUUAUGAACAACGUGAACGCUUCCUUUUGUUGUGUGUGCAUGGUGAUCCAAACACAGACUCACUUGUUCAAUGGGAGAUAGAAGUGUGUAAACUCCCUCGACUGUCCCUUAACGGAGUAAGAUUCAAGCGUAUCUCUGGAACAUCGAUUGGUUUCAAGAAUAUUGCAUCGAAGAUAGCGAAUGAACUGAAGCUGUGACUACCCGUUCUAGAGGGUGGCUGUAGUGAGGAUGAAGGUGGAACAGCACCUCAUUCCACAUCAACAGCUCCCUCAAGAGGCUGACGAUGGAAACUUGGCCCACGACGGCCAUGGCGAUUCAGGCGAUAAUCUGUGGAGCCAUUUGAAGAUGAAUGCUUGCCCCCCCACCCCUGCAGCUCAACCAGUAUAAUGCUUGAAUAUGUAGAACACCACUUCCUUACUUCAUGGAGCAGUCAGUAGCCUCUGUACAGUGUUCAAAGUUCGGCUUUUUAUUUUUAUUUUUUCUGCCCUUCGGUAGUGUGAUGAUGUGGCUUAGGCAAGAAAUGCAUUUCUUCAUGAAGCAGGAUUUGGAACUUUCAUCCAUUAAUGGCUCAGACUUGUAUAUACUCAAUGAUCCAUGAAAAAUAAUCUCUUCCAAAGUGCUCUGUUUUCACAAUUUAUUUAUUUUCAUUCUGUAAAUAUUUCAGUUACCUUCAGAAUCCAAUCCACAUUUUCUACAGUCCUUGAGAUUUCACCUAAAGAUUUUAUACAGUUGGAACAUUUUUCAGUAAUUGUAUGGAAUUAACAUAAAAUUGACAUGAAAUUUAGUGUAAAUGAACUUAUUCAUUUGUAGGUCUAAUGUUGUAAUAGUCACACAUUUGCUGUUUUAUAUUUGGCACCAUGAAAUCAAUGGGGCUGUUGAUCUCAAAUAUUCGUCAUGUACAUAGUGAUUUUGGGAAAUAACAGCAAUUUUCCACUGUUUUGCAGCAUCAUGUUGUAAGCAAGGCUGAAGCUCUGAAAUAUUUGUAAGAUAAUAAAGACUCACAGUGUAACUUGCAAUAUUCAAUAGCCUGUUCCUUGUUUUAAAUAGCAUAAUUCUUAAAAUAAUGGUUUUGUGCUUCUUUUAAUUUGUAAUAGGGGCAGAGACAACCUGAUUAAAUAGACAGGCCUUCCUCCUACACCUCUGCUGCCCCCUUUCCUGCCCCCUCCUCUCUCUCUCUCUCUCUCUGCUCUCUCUCUCUCUCUCCUCCUCCUCCUCCUCCCAUUCCUCCUUGUCCUCCAUGAACGUACUAAAUAUAUUUCGGGUUGUUAUCCACCAGUACAUGAAGUAGUGCUGCUGUUCAGUGUUGGGGGGGGGGGGGGGGGGGAGAUAUGUUAGUUUAUAGGGUAUUCCUAGUGGACAAAAAUGAGGUCGUAGGGCCAUCUGUACUUAAUUGUCGUCAUUUUUGGUGAGUAGUUUUCCAGGUCAACCUAACCAUUCACACGAAUAUUGAACCUAAACCCUAAUUUUGGUAAGUUACAUUUCUUGUGUUUGUUGUUGAAUAGGUCAUUGCAGGUUAGUCAAGGAAUGUGAGCAUUGGAUUGUGGAGAGGAGUAGAUAAUGACUUUUUUUACAAAAAGCACCUCAUAAUAUCUUACUGAUAUAUACUGGCUUUCAGUGCUUUUGUUGUGUUAGUUACUUCAUGUAUCUGUGGUUAGUAACACUCUGCCUUUUGCCCUUGUUUAUUAAAAAUAAGAGGAGGCAGGUUAGAGACUAUGAACUCGACAGAGUUUUAACUUUUAAAAAAAAGUGGAGAGAUGAAUCAUCUGAAACUAAAUCAUAGGGAAAGAUUUUUUAUACCCUCUGCCUAUGGCACUUAUGGUGUGACUUCCUAAGGGAACACUUGCAUCACAGAUGUUUUUAUAAUGUCAGACAUUUUUUAUAAUGUGUAUGCUUGUGGUGCAUAGUUAUGUCAGUCUUGCUACUUGUAUGAUCUGGUCAAAAAUUCAUCUGCAAACUGUUGGAGUCAGUGCAUUUUUCAGGUACUCUCACAGUCAAGUAAGUAGUCUAAUGAAUGUGGAGAUGAGUUCAGAUAUCUACAAAAUGGGACUCUAUGCAGUCCUGUAAAAUGAAGUUUUCUAGUGCCUUAUUUAUGUUUCCGUAUUUAUUAAAUUCUCUUGGAAAAUAUCAGUAAAUGUUGAAAUAAGCAUGUGUCAAGAAUCAGUUAGCAUCAUUUGGUUUCCUCUGUUUCUGAUGUUAAUACUCAUUUAAAAUAGAGUUUCCUUUAUAAAGUAAAUACCUAUGUGAGGAUCAAAAGUAUCAAAUAAGAGACUCUGGUGUAUCAAUAGGUUUGACCUAUUUGUGAUAAAUAAAUUACUUUGAUACAGCCAAAA